CUAACCCACUAGCCCAGCUAUCUCGAUUCUGUUUAGAUUUUACAUUUUUCACCAAUUAUCUCUGUUAUUCUACUUCAUUUUAACAUUAUGUCGGUUGUGGGUUUGCCUUUGAGUGCAGGUGAGGAUUCCUUCGAGCUGCACUCGGUGGAUGUGGAGCUGGAGGCCGUGGAGAAGCAGAUCCGCAACCUUCAGGUGAAACAGGCCCAGCUGCGACAGCGGAGAGCCGCACUGGAAUCAUCCUGGGCUGAUGCGCACAUGUCCCAGGUAAAUUCGCGGUGUGAUAUGAUCACUCCCACAACCUCAACACCGUGUGUUUCUCUGCCCAGGCCCAGCACAGCUAGGAGGCAGCCCACCCAGGUUUCGUUCACUCCGGCACUGGGGUACCACGGAGCCUGGAUGCAGCAGCAGCGGAAGACACGCGCCUUGCCCCGGCCGAGGACCUCUCUUCUUCGGGACCGUCUUCGAGAUCUCGACCCGCAACCGAUUCGCUCCCUUUCGCGAGACGGCACACGACGCGGUGAUCAUCGGAGACUCUGUCUUGCCAUCCGUGCUACCACGGCUAAAGGUAAGGUGCAUACUCGUUGUUUUCCCAGUGCUUGUGUUCUUGAUGUCACUGCACAGGUACCCGCGAUCCUCACCAAGAACAUCGGAGAUGUGGUCCUCCAUGCUGGCACGAACGACAUCAGGCUGAGGCAGACGGAGAUCCUGAAGAAGGACUUCAGGAACCUGGUGGAGAAGGUUCGCACCACAUCGCCCCCAACGAGGAUCAUCAUGUCAGGACCACUUCCCAGGUUCCAGCGAGGAAUUGAAAGGUUCAGUAGGCUAUUUGCAUUUAAUGAAUGGUUACAGUCUUGGUGUCAAGAACAGAACAUACCGUAUUUUGAUAAUUGGAAUGUUUUCUGGGAGCGUCCUAGGCUCUACCGUUACGAUGGCCUGCACCCAAGCAGAGCUGGAGCAGCAGUCCUCUCGGACAACAUCUCCAGGACACUGCACACCAUCUGACUGGUUGGAGCAGAGCUGAUCCGACCCUGGGCCGAGCGCCUCCGCCUCCCCAGACCACACACAACUAAUGCAGAAAUUCGGUUAAACAGGCUUCUGCCUUACCUCUGUCCUAGUUGGAUCCCGUGUCUGGUCCGUGGGCGGUGGCUGCAGCCUCAGGUCCCGGGUCUGGGGCUCUGCUGUUCUCUCUGUGCCAAUCUCGUUUUCUUUGAAAUCACGUCGGGGUCACCAAAACAAUGUGGAAUAAAAAUCUACUGUACUCACUACCAAAAUCUGACUCUAGCUCCACACUGACCCAACAGCUCAGUCUAAGUGAGACUCAUAGUUAGUAAGGCCUCAAAACUAAAUAAGCCAAUCAAGCAGACUAGAUGAAUGCAGAUAAGAGAUUUUAUUUUGUAAUCAGCGCUGACACAAGAAUUGAGAUGCUCACGCAUGAACGUCCCAACAACCUCCUCUCGGGGAACUCCAACUACAGCCUUUAUAUACAUUUCCCUUAUCUUCCCAAUGCAACACGUCACUGGUUCUUUGCCUAGACAAUCCCACCCCUCUUUCUUUUUUAGACCUUUUAGAUUCUUUUUUACACCAUUAUCUUUGAAUUUACAACUUUUCGAAUACCAUUAUAAUUAAACUUUCCUGAAUCAUUAUAUUAAAAAUUGGGCGUUUCCGCCCCCACCAGUGGGAUUGUCUUUGGCCUCACUCUCGCCAAUACCUCAUUCUUCUUCAGGAGACAGCAUGGGUAAGUUCUCAGUUCUUCAGGGGCCAACACCCUUUCUUUUAUUAACUUUUACACCUCACGGAUUUUCUGAUUUAUCCGCUGUCUUCUACGUAUGUACUCUAGAUAUUUCGCCUGGUACCACCAUUGCCAUCCAACACGCGCUGCAUUUACU